UCUUCGUAUGAUCAUAGGUAUGAUCGAUUCGUAUCUUGUAGUGUAGAUGUGAAUUUGGAGCCUGUGAGAUAUAUGCACUACUAAUAUCAUUGCCAUUGGAGUAGGAUUUUUAAAAGAAAAGCCCGAAAUUGUGGGCUAACAAGCAAGAUAUGGCUUCAGCUCAAAGUCCCAUGGCACGCCGACAACCAAACAUUGCACGUCCUGUUGCACCACCUAUUGUUCCUGGAUACCCAACCCAAGGAAGCAAAGCAUGGACUCCGGGCAUUCCUUCGUGGAUUCCAGUCAAUGGUUCAGCAAAAAUGGUUCUCAAGGAAGCAGUGGAUGCGGUGGUGAACAGUUUUUCAAAGCACACACAAGGAUAUGGACGAAUAAACGUGGUGGAAGCGCUGCAAGAGUUCUGGCAGAUGAAGCUCUCCAAGGGCCCGGAAACGAAGAAUGGGGCGUUGGUCGUUUACGAAUCAGUCCCCUCAUCUAGUCCUCCGUACAUCUGCUACGUCACACUUCCCGGAGGAAGCUGCUUCGGUAGCUUUCAGAAUUGUCCAACAAAAGCGGAGGCACGACGUAGUGCGGCAAAGAUAGCGCUUAUGAACUCUGUCUUCAAUGAACAUCCCUCUCGAAAAAUCACAGAUGAAUUCAUUGACAGGUCACUCCAAGAAGCUCAAUCAACAUUCAAGGGAGCGCCACACGAGGUAGAUGACCCUGGUACGGGUAUCGGCGCGUUCCGAUUCAUGCUGGAAGCCAACAAGGGCCGAUCUAUGCUGGAGUUCCAGGAACUAAUGACGGUCUUCCAACUGUUGCACUGGAAUGGCAGCCUGAAAGCGAUGAGGGAGCGACAGUGCUCACGGCAGGAGGUAUUGAACCAUUAUUCGAACAGAGUACUGGAUGAUGACAUGAGGUCACAGAUGGCACUAGACUGGAUCACCAGGGAAAAUGAAACUCGUGGUAUCAUACACAGAGAGCUACAGAUCGCAGAGAAAGAGUUGGAAUCAGCAAGACUCGCCGGUCGUGAGCUACGCUUCCCCAAAGAGAAGAAGGAGAUUCUCUCCCUCGCUCUCAGUCAAAUUCCUGUUAUUACUAGCAGCACCGCAUAGCCACUGUUGUGCUGGGCCGUGCCCUACGAGCCGACAAUCUACUCUCCACAGACGUACCCAUGUACACAUCAGGAUGCUUGCAGCUUCCGACCAGGAGCUGCGUGCCCACAUCCGUGUAUGAAAGGCAUGGUUGUUGGGUUGUUAGAACCUUUCCACCAGGAGGCGCCCUCGUCGGUGUGAAACUACAGUCACCGUGAUUGGGAGAGUGGCCACCAACCUUGCCACCACGUGGAGCCCUCAUCAGCGUUAAAGUACAGUCAUCUUGAUGGGGAGAAUUGCCACCAAUGGAAGCCCAGAACGUCUGUGCUAAAAGGCUAGUCACACAAAUGUUGGAAAGUUCCCAAUGGGCAAGGGUCACAUAGGCACCGAUUCUGUGAUGUAUGUCAGACUGCAGGAAGAUGAAUAAUCAAACCAGGUGAUAAUCGAGUCCCUGAGAAACAGCUUGAUCUGCUGCUGACGGAGCGUUUAUUAUAGAUAGUAAAACAAAGAAAACACUUAUCUAUGUAAGUGGCCAGUAGCCAUGCUGUGCACUACACAAAUAUAAUAUGAUGUAUAUAUAUGUUACCAGGAGAUGUUAUCAUAGGAUUUAAACAGUCCCUACAGUUUCUACAUUUUCAUUGAUUUUUCUGUGCAACAUUCCAAAAGUUCAUUGACUGCCAUGGUAUAACCCCACCAGGGUUGACUGUUAAUGAAACGUUUUUACAAUAAAUAGUUAUUUAUACAUUCCUGUAGGCUGUAGAUCAUAUUAUGGCAAGUGGUUUCUGGUCAUAAGCCAGUGAGUGCUGCCAUCUAUUGGGGGUGGUUGUGUCCGUAUAGUACAUUUCAUUUUGUAUGGAUUCUUUUUGGCAUAGUUAAAUAAUUGUGUUACUCUAACAUGACUAAGUAUAAAAUCAAGUGAUACAUAUAAAUAGCAUUGGCUGAUCCAUAAAAUCAUAUACAUUCUAAAGACUUAGCAAUGGUACGCAAAAGCGUUUUAUUAUGGAUGAGUGAUUUCAAAAUGGAAAGUGUGACAGUGUGAGGAGAGAUGUAACUCCUUUGCUCCUUUUGUAGGAAGUACUGAACUGAUAUUGAGAGGCAUCGGCAUAAGAGAUUUCUGAAAUUGCGAUGCGAUGGAUGCUUGUUUUGUUGUACUGGCAUUUGGGCAACGUAUAAUGACUGAUUAAAAUCGUUAUGUAAAUACAAGGAUGGUUGUUAAAAUCACUAAAUAUUGUACAAAAAUAUAUGUAUUUUUAUGCUAGCUAUUUAAAUUGGUUCUAUAUUUCUUGUUUUUAAUAGAUAUGAAGCUAAUAUCUGUAGGUGAGUAGAGAAAUCGGAUUGAAACUAUGGCAAUCGUACAUUCAAACGUUGCACAGGUUAGACAGUUCUUAUAUUGUCUGUGUUCCAGCACAAAGAUAGUGGGUAUUUUCCCCCGAACUCCGAGUAAACGUUAUGUAGCAAUUUGUGUUGAAAGAAUCUUUUGUGUUCAUAGCGUUGUGUUCUCCUGAUGUUUUUGCUGCUUUUCAAACUUCGGCUGUGCAAACAUUGACACCGCCCAUGCAAGAUGUUCUAUGUAUGAUCUAGAUACAAUGAUGCUGGUCUCGUUUGACACGGUCUUGUAGUAUCAUCGUGAAAGUUGGCUGCAGUCUGAUAACAAUGAUGUUGGUAAACCACUUGUACGCUUGUAUUUCCGCGGAGAUAUGACAUGACACGCUACACUUCGAACGCAACUAUUUCACCAACACCUCUAAACGAUAUGAUGUGUACCAGCUGAUCAUGACAUACGCUUAACCAAAUACAGUGUUAUAUAUUCGAGAUAUGUUAUUGUUUGUGUGCAAUUUUAGCAUUUAACCCCCGCCCCCCUUUAAUGUCCACUUCCGCUUCCUAUCCCGUAGUUAGGGUGGAAGACGACAGUCCUGUGCAACGGCGUGUGUGCAUCAACUUGUGUGCGUACGUGCUUCAGUGUGUACGCAUCAACUUGUGUGAAUACGUGCAGCAGCGUGUGUGCAUCAACUUGUGUGCAAGGAGGAAAUUGAAAUAAUAGAAAUGUACACGAGGAUACGAAUAAUUUACGUUAUGCACUUUGUUCCUUUUUAAUGACGUUUUACUUAUUAUCUCCUUUUAAUUUGAUGUUAAUGUAAAUAAAGUAUCAUGUCAAAUCUUAAAAUAA